GGCGCGCUCUUCCGGCCGGAGCUCAUCCCUGGGCUGGCUCGCGCUCGUGCGGUUCUCUCGUGGCCUCGCAGGCGUUUCCCGGCCUCAUGGCCGGUCUGACUCUCUUUGUGGGCCGCCUCCCGCCCUCGGCUCGCAGUGAGCAGCUGGAAGAGCUGUUCAGUCAGGUGGGUCCGGUGAAGCAAUGCUUCGUGGUGACCGAGAAAGGGAGUAAGGUGUGCCGAGGCUUUGGCUAUGUUACAUUCUCCAUGCUUGAAGAUGUUCAGAGGGCUGUCAAGGAGAUCACUACCUUUGAAGGUUGCAAGAUUAACGUGACUGUUGCCAAGAAAAAACUGAAGAACAAGUCCAAGGAAAAGAGAAAAAAUGAAAAUUCAGAGUCUCCGAAGAAGGAACCAAAGCCCAAAAAAGCCAAAGUGGCAGAUAAGAAAGCCAGAUUAAUUAUCCGGAACCUCAGCUUCAAGUGUUCAGAAGCUGACUUGAACGCAGUAUUUGCUCACUUUGGAACUGUUCUGGAAGUGAAUAUCCCAAGGAAGCCAGAUGGAAAGAUGCGUGGUUUUGCUUUUGUUCAGUUCAAAAACCUCCUUGAAGCAGGAAAAGCGCUCAAAGGCAUGAAUAUGAAAGAGAUAAAAGGACGGACUGUGGCUGUGGACUGGGCUGUGGCAAAGGACAAAUACAAAGAUACUCAGCCUGCUUCUGCCCCAGGUGGAAAGAAAAGCAGUGAGCAGAAGCAUCAGGAAUCAGGUAAAAAGAAUGGCAAAGUGGAAGAAGAAGAAAAAGAAAAAGAAGAAGAAGAAGAAGAAGAAGAAGAAGAAGAAGAAGAAAGUGAUGAUGAUGAAGAUGAUAAUGAUGAGGAGAGAAGUAGAAAAUCAACAGUGACCACGCAUGUGAAAAGUCAGAAGGGAGCAGUCAAGAGAGCAGAUCCUGAAGAAAGCUGCGAGGAAGAGCAUUCUGAGGACAGUGACCUGAAGGAGGGAGGCAGCAGCGAUGAUGAAGGAGCUGUGCAGAGUGACAGCAGUGCUGAAGAACAGGAGGAGGAAGACGUUCCAGUGUCAAAGAAAAAGAAGAGGAAGUUACCCUCAGAUGUGAACGAAGGGAAAACUGUUUUUAUCAGAAACCUUUCGUUUGACUCAGAAGAAGAGGAGCUUGGGGAAAUCCUCCAGCAAUUUGGUGACCUUAAGUAUGUGCGAAUAGUCUUGCACCCAGACACCGAGCAUUCUAAAGGCUGUGCAUUUGCACAAUUCAUGACUCAGGAAGCAGCUCAGAAAUGCCUUGCAGCUGCCUCUCCAGAAGCUGAGGGUGGUGGGCUUAAACUGGACGGCCGGCAGCUCAAGGUUGACUUGGCUGUGACCCGUGAUGAGGCAGCAAAGCUUCAGACAAAGAAGGUGAAGAAGCCAACAGGAACACGGAACCUCUAUCUGGCCCGCGAAGGCUUGAUCCGUGCUGGGACGAAGGCUGCCGAGGGUGUGAGCGCUGCAGACAUGGCCAAACGCGAGCGGUUUGAGCUGCUGAAACAUCAGAAACUCAAGAAUCAGAAUAUCUUUGUCUCCCAGACCAGGCUUUGCCUGCACAACCUCCCAAAGGCCGUGGAUGAUAAACAGCUAAGAAAGCUGCUGCUGGCUGCCACGAGAGGAGAGACGGGGGUCUGCAUUAAGGAGUGUAGAGUGAUGCGGGACCUUAAAGCCGUCAAUGGAAAGACGAAGGGCCAGUCCUUGGGCUAUGCCUUUGCAGAGUUUCAGAAGCAUGAGCAUGCCCUCAGAGCCCUCCGCCACAUCAACAACAACCCGGAAAUCUUUGGACCUCAGAAGAGACCGAUCGUGGAGUUCUCUUUAGAAGACCGAAGGAAACUUAGAGUGAAGGAGCUGAGGAUGCAGCGCAGCCUGCAAAAGAUGGGCUCUAAGCCUGGAACCAGUAAGCCCCAAAAGGAGCAAGAAGAACUUGGCAAGGAGCAGCAGCGAGCAGCUCAGAGUGCCACGCAGGAGCAAAGUAAGGCUUCUGGGGAGCAGAAAGGGAAGGCCGGCCCCACAUCGUGGGCAGGGUUCCAGACCAAGGCUGAAGUGGAGCACGUGGAGCUGCCUGAUGGGAAGAAGAGAAGAAAGGUCCUGGCGCUCCCUUCACACCGAGGCCCCAAAAUUAGGCUGCGGGACAAAGGCAAGGUGAAGUCCCUUCCUUCUAAGAAGCCGAAGGUCCAGACAGGCCAGCGGAAGCAAAGGCAGCAGCAACGGUUAGCUUCCUCCCUGCAGGCCCCUAAGAAAAAAGCUAAGGAAAAUAAGGCAGAAGCCCACUUCAACCGGCUGGUCGAACAAUAUAAGCAGAAGCUGUUGGGCCCUUCUAAAGGAGCGCCCCUUAUGAAGAGAAGCAAAUGGUUCGAUAGUUGAUGCCACCUGCAGACUGUAAGAAAGCCGUGUUUUUCACUGCAAGAAAGCCAUGCUUUUCGCUAAAGGAAGAGGACCCCAGCUGAUAGCCCCCGCUGCUGUCUCUGUGGGUUGUGUACACUCUUGUUCCUUCUCCAGUGUGGGGUUGGGUAGCACAAAGGAACACCUGAAAAGCACUAUGGCGUUCUUGCAACAUGCCCAUGUUACUGCUGUGUGUGUAAUUGCACCUCACUUCUCUUCUCUUCUCAAAUGGAGACUAUUGUAACAAAGUGAUUUGGAGUACUGAAUUUGAAAGGUGGGUAUUUUGUUAUGGAGUCUGUAAAUGAGGAACUAACUUUUUGGAUGGGUUGGAUGGGUCUCGUUUUUAAUAUACAAAAAUACAUUAUUUAUGAGGUGGUUUUUUUUUUCUCUCUAAAUAAACCCUUUGAACAUUUUUAAUUUGGUUACGUAGUCAGCAAGAGCUAAGAACAGAGAAGAGCUACAUACUAUGGUCUCUGUAUGGGGGACAAAUGCAAACAGCUGACGGCAGUGGCCUGGCCCCAAGCAGCACCUGAGCAGUGUCUGCCCCUGGAGGGGAGCGGCCGGCUGGCCACCCGACCAAGGGUGAUCCAGAUGUAUUCCCCAGGGCCUGCGGUGGGCAGCGCAGUGAGCAUGAGGCGCUAAACUAAGGGCCCAGGUGUGGGAGAGUAUCAGAUUAAUCAUACUAAAUAAUGAAUUUACAUGUUGUCCUGGUUGUUCCCUGCCCUACAUGCCUUCUGAAGAUUGCUCUUACCGUUCUUCCUCUUUUCUAAAGAAAGCUGGGGCAGAGGGUGGGACUAUUACAGAGUCAAGGUCCACAAGGACCCGACGUGUGAAAAUUGGGCCAUUGUGAAAGAGGAAAGUCAGUAGAGGCAAACAAAUCCCUGCACUGUACACGUUGAUGCAAGAUGUGGAGUCGAUUGAUUCUGCCACCCCAGAGCCUCGUGUCUGUCCCUGUGGCCUGGGAGCAUUUCCUUGGGAUCUUCUGUCUCUCAGAUCCCCACUGAGCCAUCAGCUCUGCUGGUGCUUCCCCGGGUAGCUGAAGUAGGGCUCUUACCUCCUUCCCUACUCCUAACUGGAUUCUCGUGCCUGUUUGCUUUCUCCUGGUACUAAUCACCAUCCACAAUUGUCUGCCUGUUAAAACUGCUCUGAGAGAUUUUCUCUUGUCCGCCCUUACUCAGAUAUGUCCGGUUACCAACUCUGGCACAUAGUGGGUAUGGAAUAAGUAAUUACUGAAUGGGAAAAAUAAGAAAGGAAAAGGAGCGAUGGUAGUCCAUAGAAAAGAGAAGGCUGAGAAUGUAGGUCAGCCUGUGUCCUUGUCCUAAUGCAUUGCUUUAAAGGAUCCCUCCCAGAACAUUGCUGAGCCAGGCAUAGAGCUGUUUCAUGGUAGUAUCUUGGAAACCGCGUAGUGCCCUUGAUGUUCUAGAGGUAGCGAAGGAGAAAUCAUGAAAACAGAUGCUUUAGAGGUAUCCCAGGCCAGGUGCUGUCUUUAGGAUCAGUUGGAGACAGUGACAGGAGGUUGAACAUUCUUACAAGUCCCCAGCAAUACAUCUGUCCUAGGGACGGGGUAGGCGCCCCACAGAGAGUGUCAGAAUGGCCACAACCUGCCUGUCAGUUGAUCUGUUCUCCCUUAGCCUACUCGGUCUGCUUGCCAGACGCCUUUCCUCCAGUGCACGUAUACCCCUAAUAUUUGAAAAUGUAUCUUAACAUUUAGCAUUACAAAAAAUUGCUGUUUUUUUAGAGAUUAUUGCCAGAUUCUCCUAGUCCAGAUAUUUCUCUUUAGCAACACUGUGUGUUAAAACAUCAGUCAGUUGCUUGGAAAGCUAUUGCACAGUUCUUUAAGUGCUUUGAGGACGAGUUAUCCUGUUUCUCAAUGACCAGACUCCAUAUAUGGUGUCUUCUUUGAGACAUCUUCCCUGGGGCUCCUCAGGCAGCUCCUCGGCCUCUUGCCAUGCGGGUGGCAAUGUAGGGGAAAUCGUGCUUCCCUUUCCAGACGCGUGUUUCUCAAUUAGCGUGAGGGCUGACUUCCACAUUGCUUGGUGAAUAAGAGCAAGCAUUUGUGUUAGCAUCCAAGACUAAAGGUCACAGUGAGAAUGACCAAGUUUCAUCUGUCUUUUCUUGUUUGGUUGUGCACUCGCUGGGCUGGCUCAGAGGUUAGCGCUCUAAGAGGAGAAUCUUACCGUAGGCAGCCUUUUGUGGGCCUUACUUUUCCUUAGAUAGGGUUUUGAGUUCCUGCUCUGUAGUGAGCCUGUGGCAGGGAAUACGUUUCAGCUAUUGUAGAAACAAGAACCAUGGUUUCUUCUAGAAUCCUAGAGCACGUGCUUCCUUGAGAGACAGUCACAUGUCUGAACAAUGGGGCUCCUCAGACCUGCUUCUUCAGUCCAUCUUCUCCCUUUUGUGCGUGUCACAGAUCGUGCUUAGACAAACCAGGAUGGCUAGUAAUACAAUCUUUUGGGACCAAUGCCAUGGUGUCCUUCAUUGACUGAAAUGUUAAGUGACACACAGCUAUAUUUCCAAGUGUCAUAGUAAAUAAAAAAUGAAUGUUGGGCUAUAUAGUGUUUAUUAUUAGCCCUAACAUUAUCACGGCAGCAUUAUUUAACCUGCUAUCACAAAUAAUAAGACACAGACACCUGUCAGAUUUAUAAUAGCCUUAUUUACCUUGGGCCGGGCAGAUAUUUCUACCUCACCCUUUACCUCUCAGGCCCAUCCGAUGGCAUCGCAUUAAUCAUGCUCAUCUCAACUAUCUUCUAUCCAUAAUCAUAAUCUUAUGAAUACCUGCUUGUAUUCUUCAUCUGGGCCUUUCCACAUGAUGAUUUGAGUCCUUUCUCCUAGCCUAUGUGGUUUCUUCUCCAAGAUAACCCAUUGUGGCAUCCUCCUUCUCUUCCUUUCUAUUCAUUUCCCCUGAUUCUCUUGAACCCAAAAGCCUGGGAACUUCAGCUAUGCCUGCCUUGUUCUGCCCUGCCCAGGUAUAGGCCAUUUAAUCAGCCAAUCAGGCAUGUCUAAGGCAGGUUUACACAACAAGGAUGGGUGUAAUCAGAUCUUAAGGGCCAGUAACACCCAUCACACCAACCUCCAACACCAAGCAUGCUUUUAUGCUUUGGUCUUUUGUUUGUUUUGUUUUAUCUAUGUAUCUCUGGCUGUCCUAGAACUCACAGAGAUCCCCCUGCCUCUGCCUCCCAAGUGGUAGGAUCAAAGGCAUGCGUCACCACUGCCUGGAUGUUUUUAUCUUGAAAAGAAGUUUUCCUGGUUAUAAUUUAGAGCCCAGAACCUCAAGGCUCCAAAGAGCUUCUUCUCAUCCAUUUGGCCUUCAGUUGUCUGGGGAGACGGAUGGUCAGCUUUACUACAGUGAGCACAGAUGCUGAGUCAGCCUAGGACACAUACACCUGCAGUCUCGGCUCUCUGGCUGCCCUCACUAGCCAGUUUCCUGCUUGAUAUCAUUUCAGCUCACAGUGGCAUGUGUGACAAGUACUGGUCACUUUUGCCAUAUGAGGAGCAAGUGUGCUCAUACAACCUGGAACAUUCCCUCACUUGUUUGCAGACAGCUCUUCCAUGACUAAAUCCAUGCUGGCAUGGCACUGCAGGAUGCUGAGACAAGUUUGUAUUUAGUUCAUCUCCGCCCCCGCUUUCCACUCACCUCUAACUGACUUGGUAAGAGCCAGGGAGUAGAUUUUCAGAUUUCUUGUUGACUACUGUAGCUGUCAUGCACACAGAUUAUCUACUUGGCUUCUGAUUCGGAGCUGUGAUUGGCUGCAGACCCUGGCUGGAGGCAGGUUGAUGAAGAAGGAGUAAACUGGGUAGGCUGGUGGACACUUCUGGGAACCAGUUCUGAGAAGGAAACUACUAAGUUUCCAAAAAGACCUUUUGGUUCAUCCUGAAUGUAGUGUGUUGAUAAGCGUUGAGUCUGGUUGUCCCUGAAUAGACGACACGUCUGCGCUGUCCAGGGCUGUCAUCGAGCAGGUGCCUUCGCUGCACCAUCUGCCUUGAACACUCACCUGGACAUAGGGUGGGGACACCAUCUUUGUCCUUGAAAGCAAGAGUUAUAGUUUAUGUUUUCAUACAGACCCCAGUGCCUAACAUGGAUUUAGUCAUAGCAGAGGCUUGUAUACUCCUGUGAGCUCUCGGGGUCGAUCCAAGGCAUAGCCGGGCGUGUGGAGGAUGGCAGAACCAUUCUCUAAAGUGAUGUCAGUAAAACCUGAGUAAGAAGUGAACAAUAAUGAAGAUAGUGCUCACAGGCUGAGUAUGUAGUGUGUGUGUGUCUGUUUUCUCCUCUUACUCAGUCUUAUUCCCUCUGUAUUAGGUACUUUGAAAACAGCAUUUCUUCUUUCUCUCUUACACUGUUGGCUGGGCCCCUGUCUACCAGCACCUCCUUUAGAUGUUGUUUAAUUUGUCCGAAGAGCUUGUCCAAUUCUAUCUUCCUGUCACCCAGAGCUAGAUGGUGAGGGCCGAACACAGGCAGCUCAGCGCCAAGUAACUGUCAAAUGUCUCUUCUCUGAGUCAGUCUCCCCAGCUCUCCUUUUUCCUUUUCUUCUUCUCUGGGCCUGCCAAAUACAUCCACUUCAGCCAUGAGAGAGUAAAGCUGAGCCGUGCAUGCUCCCACAGGAAUCACGCUGUCUUUGUGUUCUUUUUUUUUUUUUUUUUUUUUCAGAACAUAUGAAGAUGACUUUUAAUAACCUGAAGGAUAAAAAAAAAAAUAUGGAACGCUUCACGAAUUUGCGUGUCAUCCUUGCGCAGGGGCCAUGCUAAUCUUCUCUGUAUCGUUCCAAUUUUAGUAUAUGUGCUGCCGAAGCGAGCACUGUCUUUGUGUUCUAAUCCAGUUGGGGAGGAUGCUGUGAAAGCACAUCAGACCACGCAUGGCCUGAGGUCCGGAGCCUGGUCCCCUAACGCGAAAGCACCGGGCUUCUGGGAACAGUAGAGGCUUAGUUAUUUCAAAGAUGGGCUUUAUGGCUGGCUGCAGUAGCGCACGCCUGUACUCCUAACACUCAGGAGGCAGAGGCAGGCAGAUCUCUGAGUUCAAGGCCAGCCUGGUCUACAAAGGGAGUCCAGGACAGCCAGACUAUGCAAAGAGACCCUGUUUCGGGGCGGGGUGGAGGAGAGUGAGCUUUACACCAAGAAAAUGAACAGCUCACCCAAUCAGCACGAGGAGGCAGGCAUGCUGGCCAGUGCCCCCGGAGGCAUGUGUCUUGCCCUUUGUGGGACAGCGGCUGAGAUGGCAGCCCUAUGCCAGGGGCACCCUGGAUGGUACUUCCAUUCUGAACCCAUCAGUGGGAGGAGCUCCUGAGGUUUUCUUCCAGAAGGUAAAUCAACUCUGAACCACUUUACAUGUCCUCUCCUGGCCAGUAGCCAUGUCACUCAGUGACUUGAGUGACUGCUUAGGGCAGUAGGAACCAGACAUUUGUCUGAUGGUGUUGCAUCAAGGAUGAGUUGCACCCAGAGGUUCCCUGCAGACACAAGAGUGGCAAAUGGCAAAGGCAUCCUGUCAAAACCGGCCAAUUAUGCAGAAGUUUCAAUGAAAAACAUUGUAUAUUAUUAUGUGUAAAUUGUAUAUAGCAUAUUUUUUAAAAAUUAAAAUUUUAUGAAACUGUAAAAUUACAAUAAACUUAUUGCAUACAUUUUAA